AUGGACAAUGAUGAUCUGGAAAGCGAUUCCUCUGAAGUCAGAGAACAUACCGCGUCCUCAGUCGCACAUGGCACGCCCAUCAGUCAAUCUGAAUCACCACGCAUCAGUCUUUUCUUGACGAGGAUUGGUUCAUUCAUCCAUGCCGAAAAUCUCGACAACCUAUUAUCACAUCAGACAUCAUUUCGUGACGCUUCCAACAUGGCCCUUUUCACCAAAGAGACAUGGUGGCUCGACAUCUUGAACCCGACCGAUGAUGAGAUCGAUACCGUUUCAGAGACCUUUUCCCUGCACCAGUUAACAACAGAGGACAUCAAAACACGAGAAGCGGUGGAGAAAGUGGAAUCCUUCAAACAAUACUACUUCUGUUCUUUUCGCUCGUUCUACCAGGACAACGAAGCUAACGUGAAGCCAACAAAUCUUUAUGUGGUCGUGCUUAAAUGGGGUGUCGUAACCUUUGCCUUUGGCCAGAGCCAGCAUGCGGCAAACGUCCGCAAACGUAUCGGCAAACUGGACGACGGGGCUCCUUUGAGUGGUCACUGGAUCUGCUAUGCUCUUAUUGACGAUAUCAUCGACAGCUUCGGCCCUGUUAUCAGCAGAAUUGAACGAGAAACAUCUGCGGCCGAGAACAGUAUCCUGAUUACUCCCGCACACGACUCGAGCCCUCUAUUACGGCAGAUCUAUCGAUGCCGGAACACCGUCAUGGCCCUCCUAGGCGUGUUGCGGUCCAAAGCAACCGUGAUCAAAGGUUUCGCCCGACAACACCGCGACGAACAGAACACUACCGGUGGUGCCGAUACCAAUACCACUAGCAUUGUUGCUCCGCGCGACAAGAUUGACGCCUACCUUGAUGAUAUCCAAGACCACGUCGUCACCAUGAUGUCCGAUCUCGACUACUUUGAAAACACCUUGUCCCGCUUGCAAUUGAACUACCAGGCCCAGCUCUCGACCUACGGACUCCAAUCGCGCAGGCGGACGAUUAGAGUUCUUGGUCGAAUGGCUGCCAUUGGGGGUCUCGUCAUGGGCCUCAACGUUGUCUGCGGCUUGUUUGGUAUGAAUGUUCCGGUGCCCGGCGGCGGCGUCCAUAACUUGUUUUGGUGGUUCGGUAUCUUUGCUUUCAUACUCGUCAUCUCCGCGGUGAGCUUGGUUGCCAUAAGGAUUUUAUAG